AGUGCCAAGAGGUGGGUGCUGAAAAGGGGACUCCGAACCCCUGGGUCCCGGGCAGCUCUUGGAAGGAGGACAAGUUUUGGAAUGGUUUACCAAAAUGUGAGUGUUGGUCUAAUGCUGAUACUCGGCUGUGAUGGACAAAAGACUCUCUGACAGUUUAAAGUCGCACUGCAAAAUCACAGGAAUCCAGGCACUUUUCCUGGAGGUGAAGGAGAUCAGGAAGAUCAAAUCCAAGAUGUCCCAGCAGAGGCUGAGCACUCAGCAGCUCCCCUACAGGGAGAUGGAGAGGCUGCGCCAGUUCCGCAGGGACCUGCUCAAGGCCAUUCCCAUCGGGAUCAUCGCCAUCCCCCCCUUCGCCAACUUCCUGGUCAUUGUCCUGAUCUGUGCCCAGGUGCAGGGGGGUGCCCAUCCCCAGCUGGCCCAGCUCUUGGCUCUCAGGAGUUUGUUCUCUGGCUCUGUGCUGGCGCUCAACAGGCUCCGUGUGGAUCACGUGCGGGCCCUGAGCCAGGUGCUGUUCCUGACCCCGUACCUGCCGGCCGUCCUGCUGCGGCCCCGCCUGCGCAGCCACGUGCUGGAGAUCCAGCAGCUGGACCGCGCCCUGCUGCACCUGGGGCCGGGGCAGCUCUCUGGGGAGGAGCUCCGAGCGGCCUGUUACCUGCGUGGCCUGGACUCCACUCACCUGGGCCAGGCCGAGUGCCGGGCGUGGCUGGAGCAGUGGCUCGGGCUCUCCUGUCAGCUCCAAGCCUCCGACGCCUCCCUGCUGGCGCACAGCAUGGUCCUGCUGUCCCUCAACUACGGCCGGCCCCCGGAGUGACACCCUGCGUGCCCCUGCUGGCUCAGGGCUGCGUGCCCAGCCUGGAGAGUCCCAGCCUGGCGCUGCCAAAAUCCCGGCUGGGCUGAGCUGAGCUGAGCUGAGCUGAGCUGAGCUGAGCUGAGCUGAGCUGAGCUGAGCUGAGCU